AUGCUAAUGUGGUGUAAACAGCUCGCUGUGCCGUUGACAAUGAUGAGAAAUUUUCAUAAAACUUUUACACAAGGAAAUGAACAAUCUUUAGUUGAAGUUAUAAAGCUAAGAUGCGUCAAUGCUAUGACAUGGUGGCAAAGCAAAUAUUUACAAACAUUUCCCCCAUUUGACAUGAACUUUAAAAAGAAAUGA